AUGGCGACGACGACGACAACGAGGAGAUCCAGUUUCAACACCGGCGGUGCUGACGACGACAACGAUGAGGAGGAGGAUAUCCAGUUUCACCUGCAAGCCUUAAUUUCACCUCCGGUGACGACGGCGAUCAUCGAAAACGGAUCCGCAUCUGAUCCUCGCAUCCUUCGUGAUGCUUUGCAGAGGCCUAAUGGUUUAAAAGUACCAACAAAUAAGUAUUAUCUUGUGGAUUUGGGGUUCACCAAUAGUCGGGGUUUCUUAGCUCCAUACAGAAGCACUCGGUACCAUUUGAAUUUGUGGCGAGGAAAUACUCCAACAAAUUAUAAGGAGCUCUUCAAUCUGCGACAUUCAUCUGCUCCGAAUACUAUUGAAAGAGCAUUAGGAGUGUUGAAGAAACGAUGGGCCAUUCUUAGAACAGCAAGCUUCUUUGACAAAAAGACUCAAGUUAGGAUUAUAAAUGCUUGUUUUAUUCUUCACAAUUUCGUAAGAGAUGAAAAUAUGGAAGAGAAUGAUUUGUUGCAUGAGGUGGAUGAGGAGCUUGAAAAUACAGACACAUUUGAUAGCGAUAACGAGGUUGAUGUUGAUUACAUUACAAGUGCUCGAGCAACGGAUGAAUGGAGUUUGUUCAAAGAUGAUAUUUCUUUGGAGAUCUUCAAUGAAUAUCAAGCUCGGAGAGCUCAUGCAUCAUAA